CCCCCUCACCUAACUUCGCUUCUAUUUUGAUUCAUGUUCUUCUGAUUGCGCCAUUUUUGUGGCGCAUCUAAUCAAAACUGAAAUGGGUUCCCUAAAUUUGAAGGAUCUCAAUCGGCUUUUCAAUGGCAUUUAUCUGGUGGCCAAGGAAUCUGCUCGUCACGGCCAAACUCAACCAGCCGAUCUUCAAUCCCUAAUUGGUUCCACCCUCAAGAGAACGCUCCUGUCCGUCACCGACGUCUCCGGCCUCACCAGCGGCAAACUUCAUCAAUUCACACAUUCUUCUUCUUCUUCGAACCCGAAUAACGAAGGUAUUUAUUCCAGCAACGAUGCUGGAGAAGGAACCGUCGUCUACUUCAAUACUCAUGAUGUUCCAUUGGAUCCAUCUGUUUCUACGAGGACCAUACAAGACGAGGUUAAGGCAGCUGCAGAUGCUCAUAAAAUCUCUCCUUUAACAAAAAUAGCGGGAGAAGAAAUAGCACACCUUGAAGUUGCUAAACCUGUCGAAAAGGAUAAUCUUGCUUAUGGUCCGACUGUACCUCAAAUUGUUGACAACUCCACGGAAAAUAUCUUAACUCACCGUGCCGAUAUUGAGUCUAAUGUAUCUACUGGAGCAACCGUCAAAGGAAGUGCUGUGCCAUUUGCUGCUCCAAGGAAACAGCGGAAACCUAGAGAAAGAAAAGUACCGGAUACGCCAUUUUCCCGGGCCCUUGCGUUUGCUGGCUUGGGAGCUGGUCUUGCAUGGGGCACUGUCCAGGAGUCUGCGAAAAGGGUCAUGUUUGGCAUGCCUGACUCGAAAAACAAGCAAUCCGCCCUUUCCCCUUUCCUGUCUGAUAAGAAUGCAGAAAGAUUGGCUCUGGCAUUGUGCAGAAUGCGUGGGGCAGCACUCAAGUUAGGACAAAUGUUGAGUAUUCAAGAUGAAUCACUUGUGCCUGCUCCGAUUUUGGAGGCUUUGGAUAUUGUCCGUCAAGGUGCAGAUGUGAUGCCUAGGAGCCAGUUGAAUCAAGUUCUGAAUGCUGAAUUAGGUCAUGAUUGGUCAUCCAAGUUAGUUAGUUUCGAUUACAAACCAAUGGCCUCAGCAAGUAUUGGUCAGGUGCACCAUGCUGUCACAAAGGAUGGUUUAGAUGUGGCCAUAAAAAUUCAGUACCCAGGGGUUGCAGAUAGUAUUGAAAGUGAUAUUGAGAAUGUGAAACUGCUAUUGGAUUAUACAAAUCUUCUUCCAGAGAAGCUUUACCUUGACCAAGCUAUGAAGGUGGCAAAAGAAGAACUUACUCGUGAAUGUGAUUACCAAUUGGAGGCUACAAACCAAAAAAGAUUCCGCAGUCUGCUAUCCAACACCGAGGGGUUCUAUGUACCUUUAGUUGUGGAUGAUAUUUCAAGUAAAAGGGUUUUAACCUCAGAGCUUGUUCCAGGUGUCCCAGUUGACAAGGUUGCAUCAUUAGACCAAGAGACACGCAAUUAUGUGGGGAGAAAGUUACUUGAGCUAACCUUAAAGGAACUGUUUGUCUUCCGUUUCAUGCAGACUGAUCCUAAUUGGAGUAACUUCUUAUACGAUGAUGUGACAAAAUGCAUCAAUCUCAUUGAUUUUGGAGCAGCACGGGACUAUCCUAAAGGAUUUGUAGAUGAUUAUUUGAGUAUGGUUGUUGCAUGUGCAAAUAGUGAAAGAGCGGAAGUGAUAGAGAUGUCUAAGAGGCUGGGAUUCCUGACGGGAAUGGAGUCGGAGGUAAUGUUGGAGGCUCAUGUCCAGGCUGCUUUUGUGGUGGGAUUGCCAUUCUCAAAGGAAGGCGGGUACGACUUUGGCCGCACCAAUAUAACCGAAAACAUAAAGAACCUGGGGUCAAUAAUGCUCAGACACAGACUCACCCCGCCUCCUGAUGAGGCCUACAGUCUCCAUAGAAAGCUAUCUGGUUGUUUCCUUGCUUGUAUAAAGCUCAGGGCUGUUGUACCCUGCAGAGAAAUUCUACUUCAAGUAUAUGAAAAUCAUCAUCACCCUUUCCUCAAACAAGGAGAAGAUCAAGAUGAGAAUCAUGGGAAUGAGAGACUUAUGUUAUAGUUUAUGUUUUUUUUUUGUUGAACAAGUUUAUGUAUUUUUCCUCCCUCCCUCCCUCUCAUAGAUUCUUCAAUUCCAAUUGGUCAAAUAAAUAAUUGUGAUGUAAUUGACCAUCCCUUAUCCUCUUAGGAAAUUAGUGGUCAUUUCUAUUAUU